CUGAUUCUAGAAAGUUAAAGUAGUAGUGAACUGGAUUGGUAAUUUUGAAUAGGAUAAACUGUGGCAGUUAUAUAUAAAGGUACUGUGCAUCCAGGACAGUAGUCAAUUUUUUCUAUUCAAACCGAAAAGUUCAGUCAAGUGAAACAAUCAUGAAGUCGGUUAUCUUACUUAUUGCAAUGAUUGGAUGCGCCGUAGCCACUUCACCCGUUGUAACAACACUCUACAGUGACCUCAACCGAAACUCGUUACAUAUUCAAAACGGACCACUCGCCGGCAGCGUUUCAGCUGAAUUGCCAUCACUGAGAAAUGUGGUACCAGCCCUAUCACAACUUGCACCAUUAGCCUUAUCGCUCGGCAACUUGGGAUCUCUCGGCAAUUUGGGAUCACUUGAUGGCUUGGGAUCGCUUGGUAGCUUAGGAUCGCUCGACAGCUUAAGAUCGCUUGGUAGCUUGGCGUCGCUCGGUGGCUUGGGAUCGCUCGGCAGUUUGGGAUCGCUCGGAAGCUUGGGCUCACUCAGCGAUUUGGCAUCGCUUGGGGAAUUGGCGUCACUAGGAGCACGUCUUCUUCCGCCCAUUCCUUCAUCUGUUCAACUUCGUACCGUUCCGGUAUCCAUACCGAUACCAUUCCCAUCAUUUACACCAAUUACUUAUUCAACUAGAUCAUUGGUCCCGUAUCCGUAUAAUAUUUACGCGGGAGCAAGGCUCUUUUAAAUUUGAAUUUUUUUUUUCAAAAUUUUUUCAGAAGUUAAGUCGACAUUUUAUGUUGUGUGAACUUGAGUGCUGAUGUCGCAUAGAAAAUAAAUAUUUU